AUGCUGGGUGCAGUAUACGUUAACAUGACACAAUCCGCCAACCUGGUAGAGCUUGGCGAUCCUAUCCGCGGCUAUGCGACUGCACUGGCUGUAGAGAUUCCGCUCUUGGUUUUGGCAGUGACUACAGUCGUGUUGAGAGUAUUCUCCAGAUUGGCAAUCAAGCGGAAACUAGCUGCAGAUGAUGUUCUCAUCAUCAUUGGAACGGCUGCUGCCGUUGCGCGAACGGUGAUUUCGUGCAUGAGUGCAGACGACAACUGGGGAUAUGACAGGAGAGGUCCAGAUAGAGCGACAGAAGUGCCAUACUACCAGCACAUCUUCGAGCGUCGCAUAGCGUACCUUUUCGCCGUCACAUUCAUCCGCUUCUCCGUGUUGGCAUACUACCUCCGCAUCUUUCCGCCUAGCAUGUAUUCGCUUCGUCGGGGCUGCUACGUUUUGCUAGCGCUCGCUCUCGCCCUGUUCGUCGAAGUGUUCGUCGUUCUCAUCGUCUAUUGCAAAGACAUCAGACAGCUGUGGACGGACCACUGGUCCGACUUUACCGGCUCCCAGUGCUUCAGCUCCGCAGUGUACUCGUACAGCGCAGCGAUCGGAGACAGCGUUAUAGACAGCAUGAUCUUCACCCUCCCAAUUCCGUACGUCUGGCGACUAUCACAGCUUCGUACUCGGCAACGCCUAGGGCUUGUCGUUGUCUUCGGGCUCGGUUUCAUCGUAUGUGUUGUUGCACUGCUUCAAAUCCCCUUCAUCAAGAAACGCGAAGGCAGUACGACUUACUUCGGCACAACUGUCAAUAUCCUUGUCGCUAUCCAGGUCUCGUUUGCUAUUGUAGCGGCUUCUCUUCCAGACCUUCGUGCCUUGGUUGCUCGGACUUUCCCGAACUUUUCCCCGCUGCAUCAUAGAAGCAUUGCCACGGCAGCAGAGCACGGCAAUGAUGGCCGAGCAGAAGUGUUAGAUGAAGAGAAAGGAAUCGCUAUCCGAGAGAUGCCUGAAGAUCGACGCAUCACUUGUGAAGGCAAAAGGGUGUUCCGAAAGCCAGACUGGAUGAGGAGCAGCAUACCAGCAAGCUUGUUGUCAACCACGAUCACGCAAAACGAUGCCAUCCCCACGACUCCGCAAAUACAAGUCCCUCAAUCUUUACAAACACCCGAAAAAGCUACGAAUUGA